AUGGUGCUGCCUGGGCUUUGGUACUGCAGGUGCCAGAGAGGAUUGCAUAGUCAUAUUAUUGAGGCUCUGCAAGCAGCAACAGGAACUGAAAAUGUUUCCACAACAACUGCUGUCCGGGAGCAGCAUGGAAAAGAUGAAUCGCACCAUGGAUGCAAGUCUCCAGAUGCAGUCGUGUGGCCACAGAGUGUGGAGCAGGUCAGAAGAAUGGCUAGAAUCUGUUUCGAGAACAAUAUCCCUAUCAUCCCUUUUGGUACAAGCACAGGGCUGGAAGGAGGAGUUCUUGCCAUGAAGGGAGGAGUGUGCUUUGACCUCACAAAGAUGGAUAAAGUCGUGCAGCUGAACACAGUCGACUUUGAUGUGACAGUUGAGCCAGGUGUCACCAGGAAAGGCCUCAAUAACUACCUUCGAGGCAGUGGCCUCUGGUUUCCAGUUGAUCCAGGUGCAGACGCUUCCCUGUGCGGAAUGGCUGCCACCAGUGCCUCAGGUACAAAUGCAGUGCGGUAUGGAACGAUGAAGGAAAACGUGAUAAACCUUGAGGUGGUUUUGGCAGACGGGAGGAUAAUGUACACAGCAGGACAGGAGCGAAGGUUUAGGAAGACAUCUGCCGGUUACAACCUGACUAAUCUCUUCAUUGGGUCUGAAGGAACUCUGGGAAUAAUCACCAAGACGACGCUGCGUCUCUAUGGAAUUCCAGAAACCAUGGUGUCUGCAGUCUGCUCAUUUCCAACAGUGCAAGCAGCCGUGGAUUGCACAGUGCAAAUAUUACAGUGUGGCAUCCCAAUAGCAAGGAUAGAGUUCCUGGACGAUGUGAUGAUAGAUGCCUGCAACAAGUACAACAAUCUGAGUUAUAUGGUCUCACCAACAUUAUUCCUGGAAUUUCACGGCACUGAAAAAAGUGUGGAAGAACAGAUUCAGGCCACAGAGGAAAUAACGAAGGCAAACAGUGGUUCUGAAUUUGCUUGGGCAAAAGAUCAAGAAACCCGGAACAAACUGUGGCAAGCGCGGCACAAUGCAUGGUACGCUGCUCGGGCCCUGCGCCCAGGCACUGAGGGUUAUUCUACAGAUGUAUGUGUCCCACUCUCAAAGCUACCUGAAAUUGUUGUGGCCACGAAAGAAGACUUGGUGAGGUCAAAUCUUACAGGACCUAUUGUAGGCCACGUAGGAGACGGCAACUUCCACUGCCUCCUGCUUAUGAACCCAGAGGAUAAGGAUGAAAUGAGGAGAGUGAAAGAAUUCACUAAUAGAUUGGCCAGAAGAGCUCUGGCCAUGCAUGGUACCUGUACUGGGGAACACGGCAUAGGAUUGGGUAAGCGACAGCUCCUGACUGAAGAAGUUGGUGCUGUAGCUAUGCAAGUGAUGAGGGAAAUUAAGGCUGUGCUGGAUCCAAAAAACAUUAUGAAUCCUGGCAAAGUAUUGUAAAGCAAUCCAGAGGGGGGAUGGCCUUUCUCUGUCCAAAGAUCUCAACUUCCCUACAAUUCACAAGUAUGAGUGUCAAAGGAAAUACAUGAGAAACUUUUACGGGGCAGUUUUACAAUGACAAGAAUGGGUACCAGACAUUCAAUUCUAAAGAAAAUACAUGCGCUUGACAGGUAAAAAUUAGUCCAGUUUUAACUUGAGUAAUUUCUCAAUUGAUUUGUUGAAAAUGUCUGAUUCUUUACAAAUUGAAGGCUUAAUGGAUAUACAAUUAUAAAAUACACUUGAAUCAAACCUUAGCAAGGAGCACUUCAAAAUGAAUACAGAUUGGCCAGGGUCCUUUGAACAUUUUACAAAAAGAUGAAAUGAAUCAUCAUGUUUUGUUACUGUUUGAUUUUUUUAGUUCCUUCAAUAAGGA